AAACUUCAUCGCCCACAUCGCCUUUGAAUACGCAUGCAUACAUUUCUGGUUUGUGGGCUCACAUGUAUCGAUGGACAAUUUCAACUUCUCGCUUGCAUGUAGAAGUAGAACUAUCAAAAUAUAUUACAUAGACCGGCGACACAUGCAUGGACAUAGUGAUGUGAACUAGCCGAUUUUUCUUGAUCAAGAGCAUGUGAUAUUGUGCCACCUCAACUAGUCUCAUAUAAUUUCCGUGUACGGAAAAUUUUAUGGUUAUAAAGAUAUAUAUAUAUAUAUAUAUAUGUAUGUAUGUAUGUUUGUAUGUAUGUAUGGGUAAGGACUCCAGAAGGCAUGACGUAAACCCAAUAAUUAAUUUCUCGCUCAGUUAGGAAGAAUGGCAGCUCCGGAUGGAAGAUGGUCUCUCCAGGGGAUGACCGCUCUCGUCACCGGUGGAACCAAAGGAAUCGGGUAUGCUAUUGUGGAGGAACUCGCGAGACUGGGAGCAGCUGUCUACACAUGCUCUCGGAAUGAUUCAGAGCUUAACGAGUGCCUGAAUAACUGGAAGGCAAAGGGCUUUCAAGUUGCGGGUUCAGUGUGCGACGUAUCUGCCCGAGCUGAAAGAGAGAAGCUGAUGCAGACAGUGUCAUCUGUCUUCUCAUCAAAGCUCAACAUCCUAGUAAACAAUGCUGGAACGAACAUAACCAAAGCCACCACAGAGUACACGGCGGAGGAGUUUGCUAUCAUCAUGAACACGAAUUUCGAGUCGGCAUAUCACCUUUGCCAACUCGCACACCCUAAGCUGAAGGCUUCGGGUGCGGGAAGCAUCGUGUUCGUGUCUUCCAUAUCUGGGGUUAUUUCUAGCCCUGCUGGAUCUAUAUAUUCUGCCACUAAAGGAGCCAUGAAUCAGCUAGCGAAAAAUUUGGCCUGUGAGUGGGCAAAAGACAACAUAAGAUGCAAUUCGGUUGCACCUUAUUACAUCUCGACACCGCUAAGCGAACCUCACUUAAAGAACGAGAAGUUAUAUGAGGCCAUUAUAUCAAGAACGCCGAUGGGCCGCGUAGGAGAGCCGAAAGAGGUGUCCUCCUUGGUAGCCUUCUUGUGCAUGCCGGCAGCAUCUUAUAUAACCGGUCAAACUAUCUCCGUCGAUGGGGGAUUCACCGUAAAUGGGCUCUUCUUCGACUGGACGGCCAACUAAUUGUACAUCGCUCAUUUUGAAUACUACGACGACGACUUUCCGGAACAUAAAGCCAUACACGCCUACUGUUUGCUGCUAUAUAAUAAAGAAAUAAAUACUGUGCUAUAUAUGCUCUUUGUUUUAAUAUUUGUUCACGUAGUACAAAUCUAUAGGGCGGUUGAAAAGUCAAAAAUAUCGAUAGUUCUUAAUUUAAAGAUACGGUUUAAAAUAAAAUAAAGAAGUUGUAUGUUCUUCCUUCUCUCU